UGUACUCAAGCAUGCAUUGCAAAUAAAAUUCUUCUGCAAGCCUAUCAGCAUCUAAAAUCAUCCUUUAUUAUUAUUAUUAUUAUUAUUAUUAUUUUUUCCAAUAAUACUGUGGGCUUGUGGCUGUGGCAUCAUAGUGGUAACCAUAUCCCAUCUGAAGGCUGCAAUCCUAUUGAGUACCAUGAAGAUGCAUCUACAGUUAAGAAAUUGUUGAUAUCUUCUAGAAAUCUAGAGUUCUUCACCAAUGGCUACCGAUACUUGAUUCAAAUUCUUCCUGCUGCUGUUGUUGCUCCUAUGUAUUUCUCAGGCAAAAUUGAGUUUGGCGUUAUUAAUCAGUCAGUAUCUGCAUUUAACCAUAUCCUUGGAGAUUUUUCUCUCAUUGUUUACCAGUUUCAAUCCAUCAGUGCUUUUUCAGCCAUCAUUGACCGAUUAGGUGAAUUUGAUGAUGUUUUGGACAGCAGCAUCUCUAAGCACCUGUCUGAGUUAUCAGAAGAGAUUUCUCUUUCAUACUGUAAUUUCAGAAAUUCACUUGUACUGGAGUCUAAUGGGUCUGUGCCAGUUGACAAUUGUCAAAAAUUGCUUAGCAUAGAGAAUUUGACUCUACAGACACCGACAAGUAAAGCUACACUGAUUAGGGACUUGUCUUUGGUUAUCAAUGAGAAAGAUCAUUUGCUGGUAACGGGACCUAGUGGGAGUGGUAAAACAUCAUUGCUAAGAGCUUUGGCUGGUCUUUGGAAUGUUGGAAGAGGAAAAAUAACUUUCUAUGUUGAUGAUGCUGAUGAUCCUCAGUUACCCACAUCUUCAGAACUGCCUGCUAAUGAAAUAAAUACUUCACAUGAAAAAGCUGGGGAACUUGAAGGGCCAAUUAAUAGAAAUUCUAGAGGAUUAUUCUUUCUUCCUCAAAGACCAUAUAUGGUUUUGGGAACACUUCGUCAACAAUUGCUUUAUCCUACAUGGGCUGAUGAUACGACUCCUAUGUCAGAUGGUGCUAAACCAGUUGCAGGUUCAUUGUCAUUCUUGAUGGGAAAAUCAAACUCAGAAAAUGGGGGAGCAAAGCCCAAUAAGCCUACAACAGAUGAUUUAAUACAGGUUCUAGAGAAUGUUCGUCUUGGCUAUAUAUUAUCACGUUUUGGCAGUCUGGAUUCAACAUAUGAGUGGUCCAGUGUUCUCUCCCUUGGAGAGCAGCAACGCCUUGCUUUUGCACGUCUUUUGCUUUCAAAGCCAAAGCUGGUUCUAUUAGAUGAAUCUACCAGUGCGUUAGAUGAAGCCAAUGAGGCUCAUCUGUACCGGCAAAUCGAAGCAGCAGGCAUAACUUAUGUAAGUGUUGGCCACAGGCGAACUCUUUAUGAACAUCAUAACAUGACAUUACGUAUAUCCACAGCAGAUCCCAACUGCAACAAACGUAAUUGGGACAUUGAGUCCAUAAGUUCUAAACCCAUGUAUGAUUUUUCCAGUCAGUGACCAGUGUACAUGAUAGCAGCAUUAGCAUCUACACCAUGGUUAAUAUAAAACUGUAACCUGUAAAUUUCUCCGAAUAGAAGAGCAUAAAGAAAGAGGAGCUUUAAUAUUUCAUUUAAGAUAAUACUCAUGAUGUCAAUGGUCAAUUAGUUAAGAGUUCA